AUGAGUGAGAUUAAUUCGAAAGCAGUUCUCCAGGGUUUUGAAAAAUUCUUUGAAACAUUAAGCAUAGAAGAAAGGAAUAAUUUAUUAAGGAAAUUAACAAAUGAAUUUGAACAAUUCUGUAGUUGCGAUGAUCCAAAGUUAUACAAAUUUCCUAAUCUUUAUGAUUUAGUUAAAAGUAAUAUUUAUUUUAUUGUUAUCCACCAACAACAAGUAGAAGGAUUAUUUAACAAAAUAGAUUUGAAAACACAUCCGAAUAUGUCACCAACAGUAAAACAAUCAAAGCUUCAUUUGUCAUCAGGUAAAAUUGCAAAAGAAAAUCUGAACAAUGGAUUAAAAGAUAUACGAAAACAAAGAACUAAACCAAGAAAAACUCCACUCCAAGAAGUUCAAUUUAGGCCUAAUACUGCAUCAACUCUUCUUAAACAAAUUCUUGAUAAAUGA